UGAAAUGUGAUGGUGUGUUUGAUUAUUCGGCACACCAUCAUUACACUGUAGGCUUGCAUAACAAUCAUGACAGCUAAACGGGUUUAAGACGCACAACAGACUCAAGAACUACUCUAUGUAAGAUGAACACUGAGGACAAGUUGGAGGGUAUCCUGCUGAAGUGCAGCAGUGGAGGAAUAGAUGGAGGAGGCAGAGUUGGGCUGGGCAGCGCAGGAGGACUGGUGGUGAUGACACUGGGGGAACGAUCACUGGCAAACCACCCUCUGUUGGCCGAGGACGACGACGAUGACGAUAAAGAUGAAGAUGAGGACCUGACUGGAAGCUCGCUGGUUACUCAUGACCUGGUCCCUCCCGAGCAGCUUAUGAUGCAGGAGGAGAUGACAAAGAAUGGUAGAGGAGGAGGAGAAGAGGAGGGAGGCGAGGUGGGAGUGCAUUUCCCCCUAAAACUCACCAAUAAGUUGCCUUGCUUGCUUCAUAUGCCAUUGAGCAUCAAGCAGGAACUGAAGCUGUCUGAGACACCGGACCAGAUAAAGAAGGACAAAAAAGGAGUUAAGGACCUGAUGGUAUGUCCCAAGAAGAAAAAAAGAAAGCAGCGUUCACCAGCAAAGAUUCUCAACAUCAAUGAUGAUGAAUCAUUGGGCAUACAAAACCCCAAGUGUCAUGUCUGUGUUCACUGUAAUGCUGCAUUCAGAACCAACUACCAUCUGCAGAGGCAUGUCUUCAUUCACACUGGUGAGAAGCCAUUUCAGUGCAGCCAGUGUGAUAUGCGCUUCAUUCAAAAAUAUCUUCUCCAGAGACAUGAAAAGAUCCACACUGGUGAAAAGCCUUUUCGCUGUGAUGAGUGUGGGAUGAGGUUUAUCCAGAAAUACCACAUGGAGAGACACAAGAGGACUCACAGUGGAGAGAAGCCUUACCAGUGUGACUACUGUCACCAGUACUUCUCCAGAACAGACCGGGUUUUAAAGCACAGACGAAUGUGUCACGAGAACAGAGAGAGAAAGACCAGCAAGGCAGCUGGUAAAGUUGGGCCUUUGCAUGAAGCCGAUUCUCUGGGCCUCCCCUUUCUUGCCAAAGAGUGUUCACUGCCCAAGAAAAAGCGGCAAAAGUGUGCAGACAAGAGUUCAGGUGCUUCCACCGCUGCCCAGACAGAUGGGUACACCGUCGCUGUUGUCGAAACGGAAGAGAAGGAGGAGCAGAGACAGAAUAAAAUAGAAGGUCUACCUCUCUUUGCUGUGUCCUCCAAAGUCAAACAUGAGUAUGUGAUUGCAGACUACUCUGUGGAACUUCCUGAAGAAACGGCUAGCCAACACCAAGAGGGAGAAGUGUCAACAGAAGACGCAACUCCUCCCAAACUUGUCCUGAAGAAAGUCCCCAAGAGGAGUCUCAAACAGUCCAGUGAACAAACUCCUCCCUGCCUGUCCACUUUGUCUUCCUUUGAAGAAACUACUAAGGUCACACAGUACACCUUUGAAAUUGUAGACAAGCAAGGCCUUUUAGAAGUAGAAAGCAACACUGAUCUCGAGCCCGUUGAAACUCUUCAAGGAGGCCCGACGAAGCCAGCGGCCGGCAGCACAAACUACGACGACGCCAUGCAGUUUCUCAAAAAGAAACGUUAUCUUCAGGCUGCAAUGGCCAACAGCAGUCGGGAUUACGGUCUGAACACGAGCAGCAUUUCUUCUCAGCCGCCUGUUACGCAAACCGUGGUGUCAGCCGUGAUUGAAGAGACCGUCCCCGCCACCAUUCUGGAGCCCCAGCCCAUCAACGCAGAUAUUAAAGCCACACAUGACAAGAGUGUGUUGCCAGAUGAGGUUCUUCAGACGCUGUUGGACCAUUACUCCAACAAAGCCAAUGGGCAAUCGGACAUUUCCUUCAGCGUGGCCGACACCGAGGUGACAUCAAGCAUAUCCAUCAAUUCCUCCGAUGUCUCAGACAGCAGCCCUGUGGAGAGCCUCGGAGCCUCUGCUGCCCAGGCUCAGCCAGCUACUGAGAAGGUCAGCCUCUUGCAGGAAUACUCCAAGUUUCUCCAGCAAGCACUGGAGAGGACCAGCCAGAACGACAGCUACCUGACCAGCCAGAGCCUCAGCUUGGUCUCCGAAAACCCCACCUUAGCUGGACAGCCUCUGUUCUCCACCGAGAAACAGUUCCCUUCCCCCAGCAGGUUCAAAUCAGGGAUGAGCUCUCCGCUAAGGUCCACUUUAGAGAAACCUCACUUUGGAUUACUGGUCGGGGACUCCCAGCACUCCUUUUCAUUUUCAGGUGAUGAGACCACCCCUCCCUCCGCCGUGUCCCCAGCUGAGGAGGACUUUCUGGAGCAGGUCUCACCCUCCAAAAAGCCAGACACAUCACAAGGCAUACUGCAGACCUUCCAAAUAAGCUCCUUCGAUCAGAACUUCAAAAGUCAUUUCCAGACUUCAAGAUCUGGAUCCUCCUCACAGUUUACUGUUGCCAAUGGACAAUUAAGUCUCCGAGGACACAGCACAGACUUCUCAGAGUUCCCCUUAGUCAGAGUCACUGAGACCAGGUCUCAACUGAACUCCUCCCCUGAUGUUACAUCCAGUGAAACCUUUGGCUGAAACCUUUGGCUGAACGGAGGGGUAGAGAAUUCAUUUUCUGUUCAUAAUUUCAGCGGCACUUUAUCUCAUGUCUCUUGUUUUGCCAAAACAAGUCCCACCGCAACCAUGUGCUCUUUCCCUAAGCAUUUUGUUAUAAAACAUAUUAUUGUUUUGUUUUUGUUAAGUGCAACCUCAUAGAAUGGAAAUAAUGAAAAUUGUUAAAUCGUAAUUAGCAUUUCCCUUUUGAAAAAAACUCAUUGUAAUUGCACAUAGGUAUAUUUCUUGCUCAAGAAUGUUCAUUGAGAGAUUAAGCGACCAAAGUGUAAUGCUAGAGAAAGAGUGAAAUAUUCUCUCAUGCCAUUGCCACGGAGUUUUUAUGUUUUGUCAAUCAGUUUGCCUCGCACGAAAAAUUAUCAAGUCACUCUUGCUGCUUAAUGCAAUAUUUCCACUUAUUAAAACAUAGGCCCUAUUUAUAUACACCUUUUUUCUCUUACUGUAGCUACCUCCCCCUUGCUGUUCAUCUGGUUAUAUUUAAGUCCACUCCUAGAACCUUGUUAUUCCAGCUGUGUAACUCCUGUUAAAUUGUCUACUGACACCAUGAUUAGAUCAUAACUGAUUCUUCACUUUAUGUUGAAGUCACUUUACUGUCACCUGAGACAGGUGUGUCCACAUGACGUGUAAUGAAUGCUAUACAGGAAAGAUGUAACUGAUUGUAUUCAUCUCAUAUGGAAUCUAGUGUAUUUUCCAUUUACACAUUGGGCCUAGUUUGGUUGGUGUGAUGGCCAAAAAGAAGAAAUUAUCAUUCUCAUUCAAAGAAAAUGAAUUCAUUCAUUUUUAUUCCCUUUUGUGCCUACAUUUCUUGGCACAGACUUUUGUGACUCUAGUGCAGAUUAGGCAGUGUAAU